CGCUGAGGUAGAGGAGUUGAUACCGGCGAAAGGAGAGAUGACGAAGUCACCAAACUUCUCCAUAUCUGAACGAUUACCCGGACAAGUGACAAAUAUCUGUCAAGUAUUCGAUACCAGUAACCUUAUAUAAUGGAAGUAUCUUGCUGCAGACUGUUUCGCUGUUUUGAUCCGACUCAAAUUGACAACGAUGAACAACUUGCUAGCCUUCGGUAAAGUGCCCGUGCUCGAGACAUUAGCAAGCUAGCCUCAAAUCAAAUGUGUUGUCAUUACUUGAGAAAAAAACCGUCGAUUUGAAACAAAAUCUGUGGGGAUUACUGCCGACUACGGUCUGUUGACGAAAUCUGACUGAAUUGUGCAAACCUAGAUGCUAACUAGCACAUCAGUAUUCGGUAACCAGCGCUAACGUUAUCUAGCUAGCUAGCUAGCUAGCUAGCCAGUUAGGGACAAGUCAAGACAAGACACGAGAGGGUUCUGUGCAGGUUGCUAUAUUAUGCUAUGGAAGAGAUGGCGCUAGAACCACUGACGGACGUGCUUUGCGAAUGUAACGGAGGAAGAACCACCAACCCCGAUGUCUCCAGACCUACAAGCCUACAUUAUCAACCAGAAGCUGUCGAGUCGGAACCCGAACUGGGGCCGAACCCGAAGAACUUUUCUCGGCUGUGCAGCAGGGACGAGGCGGAGAGGGCAGAGGCGCUGGAAGAACUGACCCAGAGCGUCAUGUCCCGGUUGGGUCUGGACCGACCCGGUUCGGCUCGUCUCGAAAAGCACACUCUCCUGCAGCUGCUGCGGGUCUCCCGGUCCUGCCCGUUACCGGAGGUCCGCGAGAGGGCAGCGGAACUGCUGCGGACCGCACAGGAGCGAGGUGUUGAGAUUCCUCAGGCUUUGGCCUCAGGUCCUAGUGCCUUCAUCUCUGCACAAGAGAUUUUGGAAGAGGGGCCAGAUCAGGAAGUUCUGAUAGAAGCCUUCCUCUCAUUGGGCCGUUAUGACCACAUCACAAUGGUGAUGGCCCUUCACCCCACCUACCUCAGCUGCUUCCUGCGUACCCAGCAUGCUUUGCUGGAGCUGGAUGGCCCGUUGCCCCGCCCCUGGAGGCACUACAUCGUUGUCAUGGCCGCAGCUCGUCACCAGUGUUCCUACCUGGUCCAACAGCAUAGUGCAGGGUUCCUUGAGGCGGGGGGGGAGGAGAGCUGGCUGGGGGGGCUACAACACACACACCCCAAAAUACGCAGCCUACACACACUCAACAAGCUGCUGGCACACAGACCCUGGCUCAUCACACAACAGCACAUACAGGAGUUGGUGUGUCCCGGGGUGGACGCUCGUUGGUCAUUGGCUGAGCUGAUCCAUGCAGUUGUUCUGAUGACUCACUCUCAUUCGCUGUCCUCCUUCGUUUGGGGGUGUGGCCUACACCCUGAGCCCGACCACGUAGGAGGCCACACCUUCUGCCCGCCAUCACCAUCCAAUUUUGUGCUAGGACAUGCCUUCUAUCCACACUCUCCAUCCAAUAACAUGCCACGAAGCCCUCACAGUCCCAUCCCCGAGGACGGCAAGCCGGAGGAUGGAGUGAUGGAGGUGGAGGUAUUGAUGAAGAGGAUGGUGGAGUUACAACAGCAGGAGGAGGAGUGUAGUCCGGAAGAGAUGAUCACUCGCUUUGAGAGGGAGAGGAGCGAGAGCAUACCUACUGCGGUGGUGCGGGGAGCCCCCUCUGAGUUGUUGUUGAGGUUGGUGGAGGAUCCAGAGUUCAUCUAUGAAGACUUCUCCAUCCGAGGAGAACAGUCACCUCCUACCAUGAGAGCACAGGACUACUCAUGGGAAGACCAUGGCUUCUCCCUAGUGAACAGACUGUUACCAGACAUGGGCCAAUUACUGGAGGAGAAGUUCCAGGUUGUGUGUGGUCUAACCUACAACAGGAUGGCGAUGCACAAGGAUGUGGACACACACACACUCCGCAAGGCUCUCUGGAACUACAUACACUGUCUCUACGGAAUACGGUACGAUGACUACGACUACGGAGAGGUGAAUGUGUUAUUGGAGCGAGGCCUCAAGAUGUUUGUGAAGACGGUAGCGUGUCAUCCAGAACAGACCACAGAUAGGAUCUACUCUGCCUACUGGAGACUCUUCAGACACUCUGAGAAGGUCCAUGUCAACCUGCUGCUGAUGGAGGCUCGACUACAGGCUGCUUUACUAUACACACUACGGGCUGUCACACGCUACAUGACAUGACCACAGGCCUGUCACACGCUACUUGACAUGACUACAGGCCUGUCACACGCUACAUGACAUGACCACAGGCCUGUCACACGCUACUUGACAUGACUACAGGCCUGUCACACGUUACAUGACAUGACUACAGGCCUGUCACACGUUACAUGACAUGACUACAGGCCUGUCACACAUUACAUGACAUGACUACAGGCCUGUCACACGCUACAUGACAUGACUACAGGCCUGUCACACAUUACAUGACAUGACUACAGGCCUGUCACACGUUACAUGACAUGACUACAGGCCUGUCACACGCUACAUGACAUGACUACACACAGUGAAUGUCUGUGAAUCAGACAGUUCAGAUUGAUCAUAAGUCAAUGUUGUGUUUAUUCUGCUCUGUGUAAUAUGCUGCCUAUUUUGUGUGUGUGGUUGGUUUUUGGACAAUAAAACCUGCUAUACAUUAUGCACCAACCAGAGUUAGGUUGAUCCAGUCAAUCAAUCAUCUCACUGUGUUAAACUAUUACUGUACUAGCUACUGUGUUCACAGUGGCUGUUACGAUUUAAUGCUUCAGAUCAUACAUAAGAAAUUUGAAUGAAUGGUUCAUGCAUUUUUUAUGUACAAUAAAAUGUAUUUUGUUAUCAAAAUCA